CGGCGGUACUGCACUGUAAACUCCCCAUAAACAACAUAUGAUGACGCAGAACUUCCGGUUUAGGGCUGGUUAGAUGACGCUUCUCUGCUGGAGUUUGGAUACGACUACGUUUUCAUUAUAGUGUCCAGAGCUCGUGUGGCUGUGAAAAGCAGCUGUCGUCUGAUUCCCUGAAGGUGCUCACUUGGGGGGUUCCCCUCCACAACAUAUACUCACACAGGAAGACUACUUCAGGGUGCCAUCAUGGUGCUGGCUGACCUGGGACGGAAGAUCACCUCGGCGCUGAGGUCACUCAGCAACGCCACCAUCAUCAAUGAAGAGGUGUUGAAUGCCAUGUUAAAGGAGGUGUGCGCUGCCCUCCUGGAGGCAGACGUCAACAUCAAGCUGGUCAAACAGCUGCGAGAAAACGUCAAGGCGGCUAUAGACCUGGAGGAGAUGGCAUCAGGACUGAACAAGAGAAGGAUGAUCCAACACGCCGUCUUCAAGGAGCUGGUGAAGCUGGUUGAUCCCGGCGUGAAGGCCUGGACUCCAACCAAAGGCAAGAACAAUGUUAUCAUGUUUGUUGGUCUGCAGGGCAGUGGCAAAACUACGACAUGCUCCAAGCUUGCUUAUUAUUACCAGAGGAAAGGCUGGAAGACUUGCCUGAUCUGCGCUGACACCUUCAGAGCAGGUGCCUUCGAUCAGCUCAAACAAAACGCCACCAAAGCCCGGAUCCCCUUUUACGGCAGUUACACUGAGAUGGAUCCCGUGGUGAUCGCCGCUGAAGGCGUUGAGAAAUUCAAAGGCGAAAACUUUGAGAUCAUCAUCGUGGACACGAGUGGACGACAUAAACAGGAGGAUUCGCUGUUUGAGGAGAUGCUGCAAGUCUCCAACGCAGUGCAACCAGAUAACAUUGUGUACGUGAUGGACGCAUCAAUCGGACAGGCCUGCGAGUCUCAGGCCAAAGCUUUUAAAGACAAAGUGGACGUAGCGUCAGUAAUUGUCACCAAACUAGAUGGCCACGCUAAAGGAGGCGGAGCUCUGAGCGCCGUGGCGGCCACCAGGAGCCCCAUCAUCUUCAUCGGAACAGGCGAACACAUCGACGACUUUGAGCCGUUUAAGACGCAGCCUUUCAUCAGCAAGCUGCUGGGAAUGGGGGAUAUUGAAGGACUGAUCGACAGAGUGAACGAGCUAAAGCUGGAUGACAACGAGGAGCUGAUAGACAAACUCAAACAUGGCCAGUUCACCCUCAGGGACAUGUAUGAGCAGUUCCAGAACAUAAUGAAAAUGGGACCCUUUGGUCAAAUAAUGGGUAUGAUUCCAGGUUUCGGUACAGAUUUCAUGAGUAAAGGAAACGAGCAGGAAUCAAUGGCCAGACUGAAGAAACUCAUGACCAUCAUGGACAGCAUGAACGACCAGGAACUAGACAGUAAAGACGGGGCCAAGCUGUUCAGUAAGCAGCCCAACAGGAUCCAGAGGGUGGCCCGUGGCUCUGGAGUUGCCACGAGAGAUGUUCAGGAAUUACUCACUCAGUACACCAAGUUUGCCCAGAUGGUGAAGAAGAUGGGAGGCAUCAAAGGACUCUUUAAAGGUGGAGACAUGUCCAAAAACGUGAACCCAUCUCAGAUGGCUAAACUGAAUCAACAGAUGGCCAAAAUGAUGGAUCCUCGGGUCCUGCACCAUAUGGGAGGCAUGGCUGGUCUUCAGUCUAUGAUGCGUCAGUUUCAGCAGGGAGCCGCUGGCAACAUGAAGGGCAUGAUGGGAUUUAACAACAUGUGACCGCCCACCAAGCUGAAGCUUUAAUACAAAAGAAAAAAGGCUUCUCCUCUUUGCCAGUGGAGGAGGUGCCACCCAUCUUUUGCUGCUUUGCACCAACAAAGUAAAUAAAGUUUGUCCCGCUAAGAAAAACAUCAGAGGUAAAUUGUGAGCUUAAAGGAGUAAUUGAACUUUUCAGAAAACGUUUUUGUCACAGAAAGCUUCGGAGGGCUCCUUGGUCUUGUGGAAGUUGAGCUGAUAUUUAAUGGGUCUCAUUCACUUUGGUUGGUAAAAUGUUUUUCCAUGUAAAAUUAAAAGUGAAGCAUUACAUUAAUAAAUACCACACGGUGAAUAUGUGGAUGAAUUUAAGUAGGGACAGUAUUUUUGUCGACAAAUAAACAUUUUUAUUGCAUAAUUUUAAA